GAAUGCUCCGUCCUCGUGGCAGGGUGCAUCAGGCUGCAGCCCUCCUCAGCAAGGGCGUGAGGACUUAAUGCAACCUGUCAGACGCGCAAGAUCUGCAGGAAGAUCUGCAGGCCCUGCUGUGGCGGAAGCGAACAAGGUUUCAGCCACAACGCGACGAGAUUCUCCUGUGCGGAAUUCAUCCCCACAAGACAGAGCAGGAGGCGCGAAGCCACGACGAGCGUCUCCGCAGCGAAAGAAAGGAGCUGCAAGAGAGGCAAGCCGAUCACCGGAGCCACCUCGCGCCAGGCCUCCAAUGGCCGCGCCCAUGCAGGUUGCGCCGCCUGAAAAGGCAGGCAGCACAGGCUCACCACCUCCUCAAACCACGGAGUCCCAGUCGGCUCCCUCCUUUGUCAAAUCUUUGGCACGACUGGCCCUUGUGUUGGAGUCCAACGGCCACUCUGGAACGGGGGCAGCUGCAGCAGCGGCUGCGGUGGCUGCUGCUGUUGCUAAACAGAAUGAUUGCGAGUGGAUGAGUGACUUUGAGGAAUACCUGCAGGAGGGUCUGGCACGGCGACCUCUUCAACAAGAGGCGGCCAUGGCUGGCGACUUGCCUGGCCAGGAGGCAGAAGCACUGCGAGCCAGGUGUUCCCGUUUGGAGCAUGAGGUGGUGGAGUUGCGUGCACAGUUGGCACGACGACUCGAUGCUACAAUGCUGGAAGUGGUCGCGGCUCGACAAGCGGCUGAGACGGCCAACACGCAGGCGGCAGCCCUCAGGGCUGAGCUGGCUGCGGUGACCGGACGCAUCGAGGCGCAGCGACCGCCGAACGGAUGUCUGGUUGCCGAGCUCCCCGCUGGAGGCCUUUAG